AUGCGCUACUCCGUCGCCGCCGCUGCCGCCAUGGCCAGCCUCGCCUCUGCCUCCAUCAUGGGCACCGGCUCUUCCAUGCCUGACGUCGUCACCGAGGUUAUGACUAACUUCGAGACGUACUGCCCAUCGCCAACCUCUUUCACCUACGGCACCCAGACCUACACCAUGACUGCGCCAGGCACUCUCACCUUCACCGAGCCCUGCACCGUCACCCGCACUCUCACCUCCUCCACCGCCACCGAGUGCAGCUCCUGGUACGAAGAGAGAGAGAGAGAGAGAGAUACUAACUUCUGCAGCCCAACCGCCCCUGCUCCUACCAGCGCUCCCACCGGUGGCAUCCCUGGAACCGGCGCCCCCGUCCCAGUCCCAGCUCCCACCGGCGGCAGCACCUCCAUCUACACACCACCAACCUACCCCAACUCGACUGCCCAGGCUCCUCCCAUGGGCACUGCCAGCGGCACUGGCGUCAUCACCGCUCCUCUGCCAACCUACACUGGCGCUGCCUCGCGCGCCGUUGUCGGUGCCGGAGCCGGUCUCGCCGGUCUCCUCGGUCUCGCUGCCCUUUUGCUGUAA